AUGGACAGCCAGCACCUGCAGGACCUGGAGAAGUCGUCGCCAAAGGCGGCCUACGCCAAGCUGGACGGCGACGUGCCGGUCCGCGCCUCGGAGCAGCCCCAGAACUUCGAGGACGGCAACUCGCUCUACGCGCGGCUGCAGCGCUGGGCCGGCAAGCUCAAGAUCGAGCAGCGCGGCAUCGAGCGCGUGCCCGAGGACGAGCGCCACGACGACUCGCUGCUGAACGUGGGCAGCAUGUGGCUGGCCGCCAACAUGGUCAUCAGCUCCUUCGCCAUCGGCGUGCUGGGCAAGUCGCUGUUCUACCUGGGCUCGGCCGACGCCUUCCUGGUCGUGCUCUUCUUCAACAUGGUGGGCAUCCUGCCCGUGUGCUACUUCUCCACGUUCGGCCCCAUCUUCGGCCUGCGCCAGAUCGUGCUCUCGCGCUUCUGGUACGGCUGGCACGGUGUCAAGAUCGUGGCCGUCUUCAACGUGAUCGCGUGCCUCGGCUGGUCCUGCAUCAACGUCAUCGUGGGCGCGCAGGUCAUCAACGCCGUUAACAACGACGUGCCCGGUUGGGCCGGCAUCAUCAUCAUCACCGUCUGCACCUUCAUCGUCACGCUCUUCGGCUACAAGGUGGUGCACGCGUACGAGUUCUGGUCCUGGAUCCCGGCCUUCAUCGUCUUCAUGAUCGUGCUCAUCGAGUUCGCCAUCUCGGGCGCCUACGUCAACAUCCCCAUGGGCACGGGCACGUCCGAGGUCGGCAGCGUGCUGAGCUUCGGCGCCACCGUGUUCGGCUUCGCCAUCGGCUGGACGUCCUACGCGGCCGACUACACGGUGUACCACCCCGUGAACCAGAGCAAGCUCAAGGUCUUCCUGUCCGCGUACGCCGGCCUGAUCGUGCCGCUGCUCUUCACGCAGUUCCUGGGCGUGGCCGUCAUGACGGCCACGGACGAGAGCAACCCGGACAGCAAGUACCGCGACGGCUACAACGAGGCCGGCGCCGGCGGCCUCAUCAGCGCCGUGAUCGUGGGCCCGCUGGGCGGCUUCGGCCAGUUCUGCCUCGUGCUGCUGGCGCUGUCCAUCAUCGCCAACAACUGCCCCAACAUCUACUCGUUCGCCAUCACCGUGCAGGUCUUCGGCGAGUGGACGCGCGCCAUCCCGCGCUUCGUAUGGACGCUCGUGGGCUCGGUCAUCUACGCGGUCGUGGCCUUCCCGGGCUACUCGCACUUCGAGAGCGUGCUCGAGAACUUCAUGAACGUCAUCGGCUACUGGAUGUCCGUGUACGCGGCCAUCGGCCUCACCGAGCACUUUUACUUCCGCCGGGGCUACUCGGGCUACAACCCGGCCGACUACGACAACCGCGACAAGCUGCCGCACGGCAUCGCCGCCGUCUUCUCCUUCUGCGUGGGCAUCGUCGGCGCCGUGCUGGGCAUGAGCCAGACGUGGUACGUCGGCCCCAUCGCCAAGCUCUGCGGCGAGGCCCCGUUCGGCGGAGACGUCGGCGUGGAGCUCGCUUGGGUCUUCGCCAUCGUGUCGUACCUCGUCACGCGGCCCAUCGAGCUGCACUACUUCGGCAAGUAAGCGCCUCGACCCCGGUGACUCCGACAUAUUAGUCGCUGCCAUACCUCCUACCUAUUUGUCAAUCAGUAGACCCAGCUGCGAAGACCCGCAGCUACCAUACCCUCUUGCUCUGGUCUUGCUCCUUGAGCCAACAUCCCGCCAAAAGCGGGGAGCAUCGAAACCUUGUAACAUUAGAAAACCAUGAGAAAGUUUUACCCAACAACGCAAAAACUAUAAUAGGAUAACCUUG